AUGCAUGUUUGGUUAUAUCAUUCAUUUAUUCCCAUAAAAGAAAAACUUAAAAGAACAGAAUUUUUAUACAAAUUGGGUUAUGCAACUGGCAAUACGCAAAACCCGACAAAUUGCAUAACUCAAAAAAGUAAGGCGAACAGAAAAAAUCGAAAAAAUUCAAAAAUCCUUAAAAAUUGUGGUUAUGCAACUGGCAAUACGCGAUAA